GACUUCCUUGUUUGGAGUAAACUUUGGCCACGCCUGACGGCUAAGAUGUUUGCUUUUCCAUCUGUUGAUGUGCUUUUUGGAAGCUCUUCGGCCUGCCGGAGAAAACAUAUCUAGGAGAAGCACGACGCCAAAUCUCAGCCGUUCCCUUGGGCCCCCAAACCCCACUAGCGCGCAGAGAGGGAAGGAGAAGCUGAGACAGAAAACAGACGUGACUGUGGCGCGCGGGCUGCAGCGGCUCGCAGAGCAGAGUGGCCAAGGCGGGGGUUUCGGCGCACACGCCCCGGCCCCCUGCACACGCACGGGCGCGUCGCCUCCCUUUAUUAAGGCUCCUCUCGCCGCGCCUGGAGCCUGGAGUGGAGAUGGGGCCGUCGCGGUGGCUCGCUGACUCCGCCGAGCGCCGGGCGUGUUAGUUGACACUGGUCCCCGCGCCUGCGGCCGGCGCGCGGGGCUCAGCGAGCGGCGGGGCUGCGGUGACAGCGCGCGGCGCGCGGGCACCCGGCUGCGCGCUCAGCCGCGGGGGAACCCCGGGACGUCGUUGGCCGCGCUGCGCUGCCCCUACCCGGCCGGCCGAGCCAUGACAGACGCCAGCAACAGGAAGGAGGGCUUCAAAAAAUGCCGGAGCGCCACUUUCAGCAUCGAUGGCUACAGCUUCACCAUCGUUGCAAAUGAAGCUGGAGACAAGAAUGCCAGACCACUUGCCCGCUUCUCCCGGUCUAAGUCACAGAACUGUCUGUGGAACUCCCUCAUCGACGGGCUCACAGGGAAUGUCAAGGAGAAGCCUCGGCCAACGAUCGUCCACGACCCCCGACCGCCGGAGGAAAUCCUAGCAGAUGAAUUGCCGCAGCUGGAUAGCCCAGAAGCCUUGGUGAAGACAUCCUUCAGGUUACGGUCUUUGGUCAAACAAUUAGAGAGAGGGGAGGCUUCAGUGGUAGAUCUUAAGAAGAAUUUGGAAUAUGCAGCCACAGUGCUUGAAUCUGUGUACAUUGAUGAAACCAGGCGACUCCUGGAUACGGAGGAUGAGCUCAGUGACAUUCAGUCAGAUUCAGUGCCUUCUGAGGUCCGGGACUGGCUGGCCUCCACCUUUACGCGGCAGAUGGGGAUGAUGCUCCGAAGGAGCGAGGAGAAGCCCAGGUUCAAGAGCAUCGUCCAUGCAGUGCAGGCUGGGAUAUUUGUGGAGAGAAUGUAUAGACGGACAUCAAACAUGGUUGGACUGAGCUACCCACCAGCUGUUAUUGAAGCAUUAAAGGAUGUGGACAAGUGGUCGUUUGAUGUCUUUUCCCUCAAUGAGGCGAGUGGGGAUCAUGCCCUGAAGUUCAUUUUCUAUGAAUUACUCACACGUUAUGAUCUGAUCAGCCGUUUCAAGAUCCCUAUUUCUGCACUUGUCUCAUUUGUGGAGGCCCUGGAAGUGGGCUACAGCAAACAUAAAAAUCCUUACCAUAAUUUAAUGCAUGCCGCCGACGUCACGCAGACUGUGCAUUACCUCCUCUAUAAGACAGGAGUAGCGAACUGGCUGACAGAGCUGGAGAUCUUUGCUAUAAUCUUCUCAGCUGCCAUCCACGACUAUGAGCAUACCGGAACUACCAACAAUUUCCACAUUCAGACUCGGUCUGAUUCGGCUAUUCUGUACAACGAUAGAUCUGUGCUGGAAAAUCACCAUUUGAGCGCAGCCUAUCGUCUCCUGCAAGAGGAUGAGGAAAUGAAUAUUUUGAUCAAUCUCUCAAAAGAUGACUGGAGGGAGUUUCGAACCUUGGUGAUUGAGAUGGUGAUGGCCACAGAUAUGUCUUGUCAUUUUCAACAAAUCAAAGCCAUGAAAACCGCUCUGCAGCAGCCGGAAGCAAUUGAAAAGCCAAAAGCCUUAUCCCUCAUGCUGCAUACAGCAGAUAUUAGCCAUCCUGCAAAAGCGUGGGACCUCCAUCAUCGCUGGACAAUGUCGCUCCUGGAGGAGUUCUUCAGACAGGGUGACAGAGAAGCGGAGCUGGGGCUGCCUUUUUCUCCUCUGUGUGACCGCAAGUCGACUAUGGUUGCUCAGUCACAAGUAGGUUUUAUUGAUUUCAUUGUGGAACCUACCUUCACUGUGCUCACGGACAUGACCGAAAAGAUCGUGAGUCCGUUAAUCGAUGAAACCUCCCAAACUGGCGGGACAGGACAGAGGCGUUUGAGCUUGAACAGCAUCAGCUCAUCAGAUGCGAAGCGCUCAGGUGUCAAGAGCUCUGGGUCAGAGGGAAGUGCCCCAAUCAACAAUUCCGUCAUCCCAGUUGACUAUAACAGCUUUAAAGCCACUUGGACAGAGGUGGUGCACAUCAAUCGGGAGAGAUGGAGGGCCAAGGUGCCCAAAGAGGAGAAGGCCAAAAAGGAAGCAGAGGAAAAGGCUCGCCUGGCCGCGGAGGAGCAGCAGAAGGAAAUGGAAGCCAAAAGCCAGGCUGAAGAAGGCACAUCUGGCAAGGCUGAGAAAAAGACAUCUGGAGACGCUAAGAAUCAAGUCAAUGGAACGCGCACAAACAAAAGUGACAACCCUCGUGGGAAAAAUUCCAAAGCUGAGAAGUCGUCAGGAGAAAAGCAACAGAAUGGUGACUUGAAAGAUGGUAAAAAUAAGACAGACAAGAAGGAUCACUCGAACGUCGGAAAUGAUUCAAAGAAAACAGAUGGCACAAAGCGACGUUCUCAUGGCUCACCUGCCCCAAGCACUAGCUCCACGAGUCGCCUUACCUUACCAGUCAUCAAGCCUCCUUUGCGUCAUUUCAAACGUCCUGCGUACGCGUCUAGCUCCUACGCACCUUCAGUCCCAAAGAAAACUGAUGAUCAUCCCGCAAGGUACAAGAUGCUGGAUCAGAGGAUCAAAAUGAAAAAGAUUCAGAACAUCUCACAUAACUGGAACAGAAAAUAGAUCAAGGGGAAGAAGAGAAGGAGAGGAGGCCCACCUGUGUGCCUCCCAGCACUCACUGGCCACAGCAGGUUGUGCCUCCAAGACCCUCGGAGGCCACUGGGGCAGGUACUAUCAAGGUUGGCUCCACUAAGGCAAAAUGAAAGCCUUAGUGAUUUUCCCCUUUGUUGUUCUCUUGUAGACUCAUCAGUCUUCGGAUUUGAGGUCAAUCCAGACUUCAGCAACAAACUAGUAAGAGGGUUGUUUCAUGUGGCUUUUAUAGUAUAGAUCUUUCAAAGUCUAAAUUGGACCAAAAUUAAAAUGGUACAAACUAUUCAGAAAAACAAAAUUCUUCCCAGUGCUACUUUUUUCGUCCUUACAAGUGGAAGUGCCCCAAUAAGAAUACUGGUUUAAUAAUCACCAUAUUUAAGAAAUGCACUUCUAAAAACAUCUUUUUCAAUUUUAAAUACACCUAUUUAAAAUUUAAAUACAUUUAUUUAAAAUUCAAGUAAACAUAACUUUUGAAGUACAUGCAUUCAAAACAAAAGUUGUGCUCUGACUGUAACAAUCUUAACAGGAAGAGAAGCCUGAUGAAUUGUAUUCAUGGAUAUUUCAGAAUUCAGGCUUUACAAAGUAGAUCCAAGUUAAAAAAAAAAAGAGAGACUUUUUUGGUUUUUAAUCACAUGCUUUGUACCCAGUAGCCUCAGUGUACCUUUAAGAAUUUGAGAGUUUUUAGGGGAUGCAUUUGGUAGCUUUCCUCUAAUCCCUGAGUUCCACCCACAGUAGAAGAUGCUAAACAUCAUACCUUAACAACUCUGGGUUUGAGAUUCACCAAGGAGAGGUCAGUUUGGUUUUGUGGUCCUGGGACAGGUGGGUAUAAAAUGCAGAACCUAGUUUUAAUUCCUUAUUUCCAGAUUUUUCUCCAUAACUCUUGAGAUGCCUUCAAGUUAAAUUUCAGAUCAUCUUCUCAGCAGACCACAUAUCUAAGGCCCUUUGGGAUCCCAAUUGCACAGACCGCUGUUGGUGGAAUAGAAGGCUUUAUAAGGCACCUUUCUUCAGGGUGGUGUCUUUAACCCUUCUGUGUCUCUCCCCAGAGUUUUUACUUUGAGACUAAAAUCACAGAAAUGGCAAGGAAAUAGCUUUCAAUCCCUUUAGAAAAAGCGUGGGGCAGCAAAGAAGCUAGGAUUGUUGUCAUGCAGUUCUGACCUUCAUCCUGUUCUGUCUAAAACUACUUGCAGGUUGUUGGUCUGAUUGUUUAGUUAUUUAAAACCUUGCUUUGCCUAACUAGAAAGUGGGAUUGAUAAUACCCACUGUGCAUUUGGCAUGAAGAUUAGUGAUAAUGUAGGUUUAGAUUGCUAUUGCUGCUCCUGGAGAGUAACAGGCACAUGACAGUAGCUAAGAGCAUUUCACCUUCAGGACAAACUCUCCAGGACGGCUCCACAAAGAAGGGGCUGUUUGUUCCUUGAUGGCCACAACCUUCAAGGCUUGAUUGUAAAAGGUUUUGCGUUCUCUCCUCUUAUUCCUCACAGUUCACUUCCAAUAACUGCAGUUAUUCAAGUUGAGCGAGCUCCAGAGUUUAGUGCCCAUCAUACUAUUGAGCAGUUUAUUUACAAAGUACUUUAUGAUGUUAGUUCAGGGAAAUUUAAUUGCUAUACAAAAAGAAAAAUCACUGUGACUUUUUGUUAGGGGUGGCAAUUGUAAUUCUUAGCUCCUUGCCUGGUGUCUGAACAAGAAGACCCUUCUGCAAGCUGAGGGUCUAUUCCAUCUGCAUUAGGUUAACUCAACAGGUAAUUCCUACCUGUUUGCAUACAGAUGCUUUAGUGCGUGUGGCACAGAGCCAUUCGGCUCCACAGUGAGGAGGCCUGUGGAGUAGUGGCCUCCUCAAAUGACACUCCUCAUCAAUCUCUUGAUACGUUCAGUCUUAGAUAUUGAGACUUCAGAGUGGCUGUGCUUUCUUGGUUGUGCUUCUUGAUGUUGGAAGCCAUGUUCCUAGGGGAGAAAGUCGACUCCUUCUGUAUUCCUUUCUCCUAAGAUGUGAUUUUUCAAUCUUUGCUAAUAUUGUAACUGAGCAAAUGUACAGAUGUUGAGAUUCUGCACUGCUUGUAAGAUGCCUACCAUGUGUUUGGCAUGAUGGAUUAUACAGAAAUGCAGAUUAUAUUCUUAUAGUAAAUAAAAAGAUGCUUUUAACAGA